AGAGUUGUGGGUAACUAUUAGUAAUCGAAGUUCACAAGUCAAGGUUUUGUCGAGCUUCCUUAGCCUCCAGCUACUUUUUUUUUUUUUCUUUUUUGGCUUCUCUUUAUCCACUCUCCCUGCCUCCAAUUCAAGGGAUUUAAGAUUCUAGGGUUUUCAAGUUCCCUAUUUUGCAUCCGAAUUUUAUACAGAAACAGGCAGAAUUAAAGGCCGGCCGGCUUACAAGUAGGUCCUCCAAUUAUUUGUUGAGGUUGAUCUAGGGUUUUGGCAUCGCUUCAUCAGUUGUAGUUUCUUGCUGAAUUUAUCUGGUUUCCUGCUCGAACCUCUAAUAGUACCAAGAGAAUUUUGAUUCUUGGAACUCCAGGAGGGAUCUGGGCCAAGGUAAUUGGGUUAAAGUGAAUUAUUCUUCAUUUGUUGUAUAAUUUAAGUGCAAUAUUCAAGUUUCUCGAGUUGCGACAAGCCUCAAUCAGAUUAUAUUCGGUCUCUCUCUGUUUGUUUUCUUUUUGUGUAUUAAUUGCGUUCGGCGCAUUCGAAUCAAGCUAGGACAGCAUAAGGGGUGGAGAGAAAUUUCUUCAAUUGUGGGGGGUUAAUUCGAUAGUGCUGUAAAAUUUUCAAUUUCAACGUGUAUGUGUUAGUGGCCGUUUUACGAUGUGUGGUCAAUCCAGAUUUUCUUGAGGUCAUAUUUAUGAAUUCUCCAAGAUUCAUUCUAUUCAGGGUUGAACUUCUUAUAUGAACUUGGCUACGAAAAAGACUUGAGUUCGGUGAGGAAGUUCUUGGCACAAUGAUGGCUAGGAAGGAGAGGUUUCCAGAUGUUUAUUCUACUGGUGUUCUUCCUAAUUAUGAAUCAGAAGGGUCUGGCAGCUCAGCAAGACUCGAGGCCGAAAUUACCGCUUCUGAGGAUUCGACUGCACCAAGACAAAAAUGGGUGGAUAUAAAUUCUGCUUUACGAGAUGGCUUUGAUGUACCUGUCCAAGUGGUCCCUUUAUCUAAAUUGUCUCUAUCUGAGAAGAAGAGCUUGAUACUAAGGUUAAGAUCAGAGCUUGAAAAGAUUCGGGUCCUCCAGAGGAAAUUCCAAUUGCUGAAGACAAAUGCUGUUACAUUGUCGUCAUCUAGCGAUAUACUUAGCUGUAGCAAUGUACAGAGAGCUGCUCCCCCGGUCCUGGAUUCCAGGAAAUCUUCAGCCCAGGUUUCUAGGUCUGGAAAGAAAUCAAGCUCUUCAGGUAAUAAGGCACGGGGUUGGAACCGCGGUACUUCAGGGAGGUUCGAGUCUGUGAAACAGGGUACUAUCUCAAAUUUGAAUGUGGGAAUGAUUAAACAAUGCGAGGUCUUGUUGAAAAAGUUAAUGUCCCACGAGUAUGCAUGGGUCUUUAAUACUCCUGUUGAUAUAGUUAAGUUAAACAUUCCGGAUUAUUUCACUGUCAUAAAACAACCAAUGGAUCUGGGGACAAUAAAGAGCAAGCUUGGUUCGGGAGUCUACUCAAGUCCGUUGGACUUUCUUGCAGAUGUGAAGGUUACUUUCUCAAAUGCAAUGACGUACAAUCCACCAGGAAAUGAUGUUCAUAUUAUGGCAGACACCAUGCAAAAGUUUUUUGAGGCCAGAUGGAAAACUCUUGAGAAGAAACUUCCAGGAAAUAGUUCACAUUCAGUACCUCAUAAAUCUGAACUUCAAGAGGAGGCUGAAGUAGUUAAGCCAACUGCCCCAUCGAAGAAGAGGAAACUCAGUCCAUUGCUGCAUUCAGUAGUGCAACAACCUGUGAAACCAAGAAUGACCGAUGAAGAGAAGUGCAAUUUAAGCAGAGAAUUGGAGAGUUUGCUUGGAGAUCUACCUGACAAUAUUGUUGACUUUUUGAGGGAGCAAAUUUCUAAUGCAGGGGAAUCUGGAGAAGAUGAGAUUGAGAUUGAUAUUUAUGAUCUGAGUGAGGAUGUUUUGUUCACAUUAAGAAAGCUUUUGGAUGAAUAUUUGAAAGAGAAACAAAAGAAUGAUGCAAAAGCUGAACCUUGUGAGAUAGAGCUGCCUAAUGAAUCAGGGCUCAGUAGUUCAUCCAUGCAAGUCGACAAAGGAAAUGAUCUUGUUGAUGAGGAAGUUGAUAUUGGAGGGAAUGAGCCCCCUGUCUCAAGCUACCCUGCAGUUGAGAUUGAGAGAGAUGGCGGUCUGAGGAGUAACAGGUCCAAUUGUAAAUCAG